CAGGCGGCGGACCGCGUGCAGAACGCCGUCGUAGAGCUCAACAAGGCCAACGAGUACCAGAAGAAGUCGAAGACGAUGAUGUGCAUCUACCUGCUGCUGCUGCUGUGCGGCAUCAUGAUCGGCAUCCUCAUACUCAAGAACGCGAUGAAGUGA